AUGAGAUGGAUGCUGGAGCUGACGCUGCUAUUCCUGGCCACUGUUGAAGCAGUUAUCGACAACGACUAUAAUUCGAUCGAAUACGACACAUCUAUGGAAAUCUCGCACUCAUCUGAGCUAUCUAAACCAUUCCGAUAUAAAUGGCUUAUCCGCUACCAACAGAAGGUUGCCCUUGUGAAGCACUUGAGCUUUUUUGAACAUGAACUUGAACUCGAUUGCUUUUUGAAACUGUUCGAAUUUUUCAGGAAUUGUACACGUGACACGGAUAUCAUUGAUCAACUGCUAAAUGGGACGGGAUACAAUAAGUUCCGGAUACCACAAGACGAAGGAAUGACAGUUUAUGUGGAAAUUUGGAUUCAAGCUAUCACAUCAAUAGACGAACUGACAAAUGACUUUGAAAUGGAUAUUUACAUUACGGAAAGAUGGUUGGAUCCGGCAUUGAAUUUCGAGAAUUUAUCUCCAUGUAAAGGUAACUUGUCGCUCAAUCAUCAGGUAUUGGACCGUUUGUGGACGCCAAAUAGCUGUUUUAUCAAUAGCAAAGUUGCUCAAAUUCAUGAUUCGCCAUUCAGGAGUGUUUUUCUUAUGUUAUUUCCCAAUGGCACAGUUAUGGUCAAUUAUCGAGUACGGGUGAAAGGGCCUUGUUCGCUGGAACUUAGCAAUUUCCCGCUUGAUCUACAAAGAUGUGGAUUAAUCUAUGAAAGUUUUAACUACAAUAACCAAGAAGUGAGGAUGCGAUGGUCGGAAAUCGCACAGCCAGUCCAGCCGAUUUCUGAAAUCAUGUUGCCUGACUUCGAUCUUUUCAAGAUCUCAGCCAACCGAAUAGAAGAGCCUUAUCCUGCCGGAAUGUGGGACGAGUUACAUGUGCAGAUCAUGUUCGAACGGCGGUUCGUUUGGUAUUUCAUGCAAGCAUAUCUGCCGACUUACCUCACUAUUUUCAUCAGUUGGGUAUCUUUCGCACUGGGACCUCGAGCUAUUCCUGCGCGGACAAUGCUUGGUGUGAACGCACUACUGGCAAUGAUUUUCCAGUUCGGCAACAUUAUGAGGAAUUUGCCUAGGGUGUCGUAUAUCAAGGCUAUUGAUGUGUGGAUGCUAGCAUCAAUGACGUUCAUAUUCAGUAGCCUGCUCGAGUUAGCUAUUGUUGGAUAUAAAGUUCGAGAUGAAAGUAAAAUCGCUGUCAAAGGAACCACGAGGAAAUCGAAACCACCUUCUGAUGGAUCACCUCGAGGCUCCUUGUUUUACGAGAAAAGAUUCAUGUUCCCUCCUGGUUGUAGUGCUCCACGAUCUGUCUCUAAGGCAUCACCGUCAUGGCCACCGGAAAAAAUCGAUUCGUUGUCUAGUAUCAUGUUCCCGCUCAUUUUCUUUGUCUUUAAUAUCGUGUACUGGUCAUACUACCUGCAACGAAAACAAGAAAUUUCAGAUUCGAUGGAGAAAUUAUGA